GGUGUUCAAGCUUUCCAGCCUGCUCUGCAAGUUCUCCCCGGACGGCAAAUACCUGGGGCAGGCAACGGCAGUCCUGCUUCACACAUUUGCGGAUCCGAGGGCAUCAGCUCAUUGUCCGGCUGACACGCUUCCUGUGCGCAGUACCGGUUAGUGGUCCGGGACGCGAACACCCUCCAGGUCCUCCAGCUGUACACGUGCCUGGACCAGAUCCAGCACGCCGAGUGGUCGGCGGACUCCCGGUUCAUCCUGUGCGCCAUGUACAGGCGGGGGCUGGUGCAGGUGUGGUCCUUGGAGCAGCCGGAAUGGCACUGCAGAAUCGACGAGGGCUCGGCCGGGCUGGUGGCCUCGUGCUGGAGCCCGGACGGCCGCCACAUUCUCAACACCACCGAGUUCCACCUGCGGAUAACUGUCUGGUCCUUGUGCACAAAGUCUGUGUCUUACAUCAAGUACCCGAAAGCCUGUCAGCAGGGGAUCUCCUUCACCCGGGACGGCCGCUACCUGGCGCUGGCUGAGCGGCGGGACUGCAAGGACCACGUGAGCAUCUUCGUCUGCAGCGACUGGCAGCUGCUGCGGCACUUUGAUACGGAGACCCAGGACCUCGCAGGGAUUGAGUGGGCCCCAAACGGCUGUGUGCUCGCGGUGUGGGACACCUGUCUGGAGUACAAGGUCCUGCUCUACUCCUUGGACGGCCGGCUCCUGUCUGCCUACUGUGCCUACGAGUGGUCCCUGGGCGUCAAGUCGGUGGCCUGGAGCCCCAGCAGCCAGUUCCUGGCGGUGGGAAGCUACGAUGGGAAGGUGCGCAUUCUUAAUCACGUGACUUGGAAAAUGAUCACAGAGUUUGGGCAUCCAGCAACUGUUACUAAUCCCAGAAUAGUGGUGUAUAAGGAAGCCGAGAAGAACCCGCAGCUGGCGCUGGGCCGCCUGGCCUUCCCCCCGCCCAGGGCAGCGGCCUGCACGGCCUCCAGCACAGAGAGCAAAUACGAGAUCGCCUCGGUGCCAGUUUCCUUACAGACUCUGAAGCCCAUUGCUGACCGAGCAAACCCGAAAGUCGGCAUAGGAGCGUUGGCCUUUAGUCCGGACAACUACUUCUUGGCGACAAGGAAUGACAGCGUCCCGAAUGCCGUCUGGAUCUGGGACAUACAGAAGCUGAAACUCUUCGUGGUGCUUGAGCAGCUGUCCCCGGUGCGCUCCUUCCAGUGGGACCCACAGCAGCCCCGGCUGGCCAUCUGCACGGGCGGCAACAAGGUGUACCUGUGGUCGCCGGCGGGCUGCGUGUCGGUGCAGGUGCCCGGGGAAGGUGACUUUCAGGUGCUUUCUCUGUGCUGGCAUUUCAGCGGGGACUCACUGGCCCUUCUCAGUAAGGACCACUUCUGUCUGUGCUUCCUGGAGACCGAGGAGAGAGCUGGCACAGCCUUCGGACGGCCGGGUGACCACACCUAGGCCGUGUGCAUAGCCGGGUCCUGGUGAGACCGAGGCAGGACGGCUGGCAUGUGCCGGCUGCAGAGAAGGGAUGGGCUUUCCUGGGGGCUGCUCCAGCCAUGGUGGCCCACAGGAAAUGAUUUGCUGUUAUUUUUCUAUAGCAUUUUUGUAAAUAUGUAUGGUACUAAUUUUUAUUUAAAAUAAGUAUUUCCUAAUUCA